AUGCUUCCCACUGGGCCCACGAGUAGAAGUGAGAAAAAACCGGCCAAACGACGUGUCCCCGAUUCGCAACGCCGCCGAGCCCUAGUGAGCUGCGAUCGGUGCAAAACCCGUCGCAUUCGCUGUUGUCGCAACAAUGAGAACGAAGCGUGCACGAGCUGUCUCAACGGAGGCGUCAAAUGCGAAUCGACUUUACCGAGGAAACAACGUGUAUACGGGAGUAUGGAAAGGUUCAGUCUGCGGUAUCGCGCUCUAGAUGCUUUGGUACGCGGGCUGUUUCCGAAUGAAGAUACGGACGAUAUAGAUGUUCUGUUUCAACUUGCUAGGAAUCACAAUAUUCCGAUGCCGUCGCCGGAUGACGAGUCGCAUGCACCCGAGGCCUUCAAUCAGGAUACGAUGGUUACCACCCCCAAACCAUCUUUCGAUAAUACAGACAUCCAGGCGAUCAAUGAUGACUGUUCCGCUUCCGAAGUGGUCUAUGAACGGAUGAUACCUGGCCCCCGUCGCAUAUUACACUAUGUUGGCCCGUCUAGCAGCUCUGAAUUCGCUUCGAUUAUUCGACACCUUGUGACCAGGUUUAAAAAGAUCACAACCUCUACACCCUACGACCAAACACAGACGCAUGAUAAGAACUACAUGAAGGCAAUGCCCGAAACUGUACACCCUCUGAGCAACGUAGCUCGCUCAACUAUCGCAAAUGAUCACUCUUCAUCUUCGGCAAUUGGAGAAGAGCAACAGACUGAGACUAAGAAUGGAGGCCUAAGAAGCACGACUCCUCAUCAGCAAGAUCAAGCUAGCUUACCCUCAAGCACGAGGGCUUCACAAGACUUGAGCUCAAGUGCUGAGACAAGUAGUAACCUACGGGGUCUUCUACGGGACCUAUUGCCUGACAGAAGUCUUUGCGACAUUUUGGUGCAAGCAUAUCUUGAUCAUCUACAUGGGGCAUUUCAGGUUUUCUAUAAACCGAUCUUUCAGCUUCGGUAUAAUUUCCUCUGGGAUAAUAAGAUUGCGCAAACAGGUACCUCAGACAUAGGCUGGACCUGUUGUCUAUUUAUGGUCAUCAUUUUAGGCGCCGACAUUUUGGGCCCUGAGCAUUGCCCAGAUUCGAUCAUGAUUCAGACCAAGUAUAUGAAGCUCGUACGGGACAGUUUUCAAUCGCUUGUUUUUACUGCGACUUUAGAGAACGUUCAAGCACUGUUGCUACUCCAGCUAUAUGAGCAGAACUCUGGCGAGCGCAAUACCUCCUGGCUUAUCCUGGGUCUGGCAAUCCGCAUGGCAAUCACGCUUGGCAUGCAUCGUGAAGGAACAUACGCCAGUUUUGACAAGGCCGAGGCGCAUACGCGGCGGGUUGUCUGGUGGACACUGUAUCAGGUGGAAUUCAAUAUGUCGAUGAUUUUAGGUCGCCCGCCUACUAUUAAUGCGAAAGAAGUCAACGUCUCCGUUCCUGAAGACGAUGCACUGGAUGGAACAGGAUACCCUCAAGGAUUUGAAAAACAUUAUCUGCAAUUGACCAACAUUGGGCACCGAGUCAGAAGAUUAAUUACGACGGUGACCGCCAAGUAUACCGACGAGUCGGCUCUGCUGAGCCAUCAAGUACACAUCAGACUGCUUUUACACGAGCUAGAGGCUUGGAAAGCUCAGCUACCUCAUCACUUCGUGCCAGAAUCACCAAUGGUAACCUUGCAACAUCGCCGAGCAGUACUUCUACUGCAGGCAAUAUACUAUCAUCAUCGAUCCGUGCUCACACGGACCUUUCUCGUCUGUAAGAGCAACCGCAACAUCGAUCGUUUGUCGCAGGAGGGAAACCGGACUCUGGGCCCAGUAAUCCCUGUCACAGAAUCAUUUAGUCGUGAAUGUCGAGGUUCAGCCAUCGCAGUGCUUGACUGUUUUCUUCAGCUGUCGAAACAUGGUCGUCUAGAAGGUGUCGCAUGGAUAGAUUUCUACUACAUCUGCCACAGUGUCCUGGUCCUGGGCCUUUUUGAGUUGGGUCAGAUGCCUGGGUCUGCUUCAAAGUCGGAACAGGAACUGAGCUCCUCUAAAAUCGCCGAAAUGAACGAUAUUAUUAGCCAGAUCCGAUUGGCGCCAACAUACAAGAUCUUCACCAAGGUAUCGCUCGGAUUCGCCAGGACUGUAGGACUGGGCAUUGUGAAGUCUGCACCAGCAGAAGAUAUUAGUACGCACCAGCAAUAUAUUCAGCAACCGGCACAGCCGUCUACGCUAGAUUUCCCCUAUACCAGCGCUCCUUAUGGACAAAUGCCAUGGUCAAUGUCCGAGAUGAAUCCGACCAUGUUUCCACCCACCACUGAGAAUAUGAUGUCUCCUCCUGGACUCCUCGGGUGGUUUUGGCAUGAAGCGAAUAGCGGGUCGCAUAUGUCCUGGGAUAUGUUCAACCUUGGUAAUAUAGAGCUCUCUGGCGCGGAGUAUGUAGAAGCUCCGCCUCAGUAUUCGACCAUGUACACGGCGCAGCAGCAAUUUGAGCAUUGGCCUAGCUGA